ACCGAUAACGAAGCCUGCAUCUUGCUGGCCCACAGUUUCGGCAGAUUUCAUUUUAGCGUAGCUUUUAUCAUAGGCGUUCAGGGCGGUGGCGUUUUAGGUAAAUCCAGUCUAGAAAAGUACAAAAAUAAGCUGAUUCCAGGCCAGUCGUGCCCCUCCAGUGUUCCCCUUGGUGUUGAUGAGGGUCCUGCGAUGUCGGGCCUCCCCUUUGGAGCUCGUGAUGCUUGGGGCCGUCUCGUUCCUGGUGCUGCUGAUCGUGAUUUGGGGGUACGCCGGGGGAGGGGGCCCCACUCCCGAGCCUUGGGUCCGUGGACUGCCUGACCGGAAGGGCCCGGUCGGGGUCAGAGGCGCGUUCGCCCAGCCCCCCCUCAGGGCCGCGGUCCUCCCUGCUUCGCGCCCCCGGGCGGCUCCGGGCAACAGCAGCUGCCCCCCCGGGUACUACAGCCCGGCGGAGCUCAGGCCCCUCGCGGAGAGGCCCGCCCAGGACCCCCUGAGCCCCGGGGCCGACGGAGGGGCCUUCCCGGGGGGCCGGCUGUCGGGGCCGGAGCUGAGGGAGAAGAUGGACGGAAUGGCCCGGAACUUCUUCAACCAGUUCGCCAGCGACCGCGUCUCGCUCCACCGCAGCCUGGGGGCGGACUCGCGGCCGCCAGAGUGCGUGAAGCGCGUGUUCCCCCGAUGCCCCCCUCUGCCCACCACCAGCGUCAUCAUCGUCUUCCACAACGAGGCCUGGUCCACCCUCCUGCGCACCGUCUACAGCGUGCUCCACACCUCCCCCGCCGUCCUCCUCGCCGAGAUCCUCCUGGUGGACGACGCGAGUACUGCAGAUCACCUGAAGGGCCGCCUGGAGGAGCACGUGCGGACGCUGGAGCGCGUGCGGGUGCUACGGCAGCGGGAGAGGAAGGGCCUGAUCCAGGCCCGGCUGCUCGGGGCCAGGGAGGCCCGAGGCGAGGUGCUCACCUUCCUGGACGCCCACUGCGAGUGCUUCUCCGGCUGGCUGGAGCCCCUGCUGGCCCGGAUCGCCGAGGAGCCCGUUGCCGUGGUGAGCCCCGACAUCCCCGCCAUCGCCCCGGACACCCUGGAGUUCCGCCGGCCCGUGGCCGACCGCCGCUCCUUCGCCCGCGGCAGCUUCGACUGGAGCCUGAACUUCAGCUGGGAGCCAAUCCCAGAGCGGCAGAGGAGGGGCCGCAGAGACGAGACCGCCCCCGUGGAGACACCUGCCUUUGCUGGGGGCCUGUACUCCAUCUCCAAGUCCUACUUUAACCAUAUCGGGACCUACGAUGACAAGAUGGAGAUAUGGGGAGCCGAGAAUGUGGAAAUGUCUUUCAGGGUUUGGUUGUGUGGUGGGCGUUUGGAGAUCAUACCCUGCUCAGUUGUGGGACACAUCUAUCGGCAGAAGAGUCCACACACCUUCCCCAAUGGCACCGAGGUGGUUAUCCGUAACCAGGUGCGCUUGGCUGAGGUCUGGAUGGACGAGUAUAAAGAGGUCUUCUACCGCCGGAACAAAGUGGCACGGGACAUCGCCAGAGAGAACAAGUUUGGUGACAUUUCGGAGCGCCUCGGUCUCCGGGAGAGGCUGCGCUGCAAAAACUUCUCCUGGUACCUGGAAAACGUCUGUCCCGAGGCCUACGUGCCCGACCUCGCCCCGCUCAUGUACGGAAUGAUCAGAAACGCCGCCUCAAAGACCUGUCUGGAUGUGGGACAGGGUAACGCCGGAGGGAAGCCGUUGAUCACCUUCGCCUGCCACAAUAUGGGAGGGAAUCAGUACUUUGAGUACACCUCCAAAAAAGAGCUGCGCCACAACGUGAGGAAGCAGCUGUGUCUGCACAGCGCCUCGGACCGGGAGCCUGUGCGUGUCCAAGCCUGCCAGCUGCCUGGCCUCGGACCCAGUGUGCCCCCCGCACAGGCGUGGGACUUCACACAGACCCACCUGUUGAGAAACCCGUCCACUGGGAGGUGUUUGUCCCUGAUUGGCAACCAGGUCUUAAUGGAUGCCUGCAACCCAGCGGACCUGUACCAGCAAUGGGCCUUCAUCUGACCCGACCGUGCCGUAAAGGUGUGGGGAUGGGGGCUGACCCGACCGUGCCGUAAAGGUGUGGAGAUGGGGGCUGGGGGAUGGGCAAAGAGCUGCCAACAAGGCAUCAGUAACUUUAUGAUGUCAUCCAAACAGUCGACCAAAAACAAACCGAACGGAUGGUAGGAAAUCACAGAUCCUUUCCUUCCAGGGUCACAAAUAGCACUGGAUAGGAUAUGAAGGUUUAAUAACUGCAACUGCUAAAUAACUGCAGGAAUGUGAGGAUGUAACCACUGGAGGGCAUUUCACUUCCACCAAACGGAACGUGCAGAUGAGUAUUCAUUCUUUGUUGCCAUAUGUCCCUGGGUGUGAAGAGUGCAGGCAAAAGUAGUGCUGAGAAACAGCCUUUCAGUGGUUUUCCUCAUGCCAAGUGCCUCUCCCUACUCAUGGUUUUGCACUUCAACAUUGUGUUUGCAGUGUGGAGAAUGAGUCAAUAAAUGCUUGAAACUGUUUGGGA